AUGUCCCACCUUCUCGCAAAGGUCAACACCACCCUCAAUACCAUCUCGGCGCAAGCUCGCUCCCUGGGAACAGCUGCAAUUACCUGGAGCAACAAGCUACCGAACCCUUAUGGGAGAAAUCCGCAGCGCAAAGCACAAAUCGAGUCUUUGAUCGUGGACUUCGAUAAAGACAAUGGUCUAAAUGCUGUUAGCGCUGAGGCAGUAUCGGUUGAACACGAGGGUGGGACAAACCCAAAUGAACCUAAUCAUGUUACUGUUCGUUUCGAGAAGGACAACGGUCACGUCACCGUCCGCCACGUCCCUGUCUAG